ACAUGGAAACAUUUACCAGAUUAUUUAACUGUACCCGAUGAUGUUUUCAAACGAAAUCUAUUGAACCAAGUGACAGGUGAUCAAACAAUAAUCAGUCAAUGGUUGGAAGAUCAUUCUAUAUUACAAUACGCGUGGAAAUAUGCUUCAUUAACAAAUCAAAUAUCGUACUUAAAAAUGGAAGAAAAUUUUAUGGAAUUCUAUACCAGUACAGCAAUGGCAGAAAUCAAUUGGUUAUCAGUAGCACCAAAAACAAUGAUUACAGAACAUAAUAUCAAUUGGAUUUAUUGUAAAACAGAAAAGAAUAUACAUCAACGACGUAUGUCAAUCCAAAGACAAUUACAUGUGGUAACAUCCAAAUUAGACGAACAUCUACAGCAACGCCCACCAGGAUUAUUAACACGGAAUGAACCUACGACCAUCGACAUAAAUAUGAGCAUCUUAUCUGCGGCUAUUCUUGCAUUUGUACACAAAGGUCAACAGCGAUUACGUGAUCGAUCUCAAGAAAGCGAAGCAGCCGUAAAAUUAGACGGGAAAGAUCCCCGCCGCGUACAAU